AUGAACAAGUUCAGGGCGGAAGAAUUGGCCCUGCCCGAAGAGAUUCUGUCGCUCGCGUUUUCUGGCCUCAGCAAAUACGACCUCUACACCUGUGCACAAGUAUGUAGAAGGUUCAACCGUCUGGCUGUACAGCAGGUCUUGGAUGAAACGGGCCUCUGGGAUCCAACACGGUACUGCAGUUUAAUGCUCGACGAGGAUGGCCCAGAGCUCGACUCGUUAGCUUUCGUCCUUGUAUCAGCGCACAUCAAGUCGUUCGGAAACCUGACACUCACCUUGACGGCAUUCACCUGCCCUCGAGAAUUAGCGAGUCGUUUGCGCAGGGUGACACAAUUCCUGCAGUCCGUCAUCACUUCUGUUGACAACUUUCGCCUGGACGUCAAGUUCCAAGGCUCCCUCCGAUCCCCGAGUAGGAACCACCCCGGUGCUCUGGAAGAUGCGCUUGAGGCGCUUUUCAACACAGUGGUUGCAAGGUCCUGCGUAAACUUCGAGAUGAAUGAUUACGCUGGUGAGGUCAUUCGAGGCUUCGAAUAUGAACCUUCGGGAGAAGGGCCUUUCUCAACCAAUUCGAUCCUGCAAGACGAACUCCGAUACAUCAGGGACAGCCAUCCUCCUCGUUAUUCUUACCGGUCGCUGAAAUACGGCCUGACGGAACCAGCACAAGUGCAACAAAUCAACGUCACUCUUGGGAUGCUCAGGCCUCCUUUUUCGGAGUGGAUGUUUUCCCUCCUGGCCAAUUCCUCAGUAACUACGCUUUACAUCUCGAUUUGGGACGACUUGGAAUUGGACGAGGAAGAGAUCAAGUUUAUCAUGCACCGAUGUGCAACUAUGGGCACCUCCAUCGACUCGCUGCUCGUAGGGAUCCAUUGCCCAGGCAUUUUCUGGCCAGUUAUUUCCUGUCUCAACCACUUCUCCAAGACUUUGAAGUCGCUCCGAAUUUACGCCUCUCCGUAUGAAUGGAGGGAUGGGGAGCGACCCGACGACUUCUCCCUCAGCCUCCCUGAGCUAACCUCCCUCGAACUCAUGCCGGUCGGAAUGCGAGCUCUCUUCUCCCCACCCGUCCACAGCAUCUCACUCCCGAAGCUUUCCGAAAUCACACUCAUGUCAAGCGAAGACUGCGAGGAAUGCGAGUACCUCGAUGCCAAAUUGUCAGGGUCGGAUACAGAGAGAGAGAGAGAGAUGGACGUAGGAGGGAGGAGGUUAGCCUUGGUCUCACGUUAUAAGAACGUGUACCCUUCGUCACGGCUCCAGAGGCUGGCUAGGCCGAAGGACCAGACGGAAACGCCUUCCGGCGGAGCGACGAGAGUGAAGGACGACUGGAGCUAA